AUUUAUUUGAGAGUAAUUAAGUCUAAGACGAUUCGUAAAAUGAAAGUAUUCAUUUUUUUAAUAAUUUUAAUUGUUUCGAUAAUUCAGUCAUCAAAUAGUGAGUCUGAAGAAUGUGAAUGGGAAAUUUGUUGUUGUGAGUGGAUAACAGACUGCGAUGAUAAUGGAGAAAAUACUACAACUGUUUCACUUACGGACGAUGAAAAAAUGCAGGCAAUUCGUAUGAUUUCAUCCAGUAUUCGGAACUUUACCUUAGAUCUACAAAGGACUAGAAGAAAAACAUGUAUCCCGAAAUUUAUCACAUCGCCAUUGAGUGCAGCAAUGGUACUUAUGAUGGCAGCUUAUGGUGCGACUGAUGAAAAUGCCAAGAAAAUGAAUUCCAUGUUAUAUUUCGAUACUAAUGAUAGGAUGUACAAAACAGGCAUAUAUUCUCUGAUUAAUAUGGUUAAUGCACUAAAUCCAAGUGAAUUUGAAUUGGCAAAUAAAAUAUACGCUGGAAAAAAUCAAAACAUCAAUCCAGAUUUUAAAAGCUUAGUAAGUGAAUCGUUCGAAUUGUCAAUUGAAAAUGUUGAUUUUGGACUUUCUGAAAAUACAGCAAAGAAAAUAGAUAAUUGGCGUGCAGAUAAAAGUCAUCAGCGUAUUACAAAUGUUAUUAAGCCUGAUGAAAUUAGUGCCGAUACUGAAUUUUUAUUCACUAAUUCAUUCCAUUUUUCGGCAGUAUGGAAAGAACCCUUUAAUGAAGCAAAUACUAAACUAAUGAAGUUUAAUACCAGUGAUGGAAAAACCAUAGAAAAACCGAUUAUGUACAGAGACAUGGCGGUAGCUAAUAUUACACCCGGAGGUCAGAAAGUUUACGUAUUAGAGCUCCAGAAGAUGGAUUCCAAUGAUUAUAAAUACGAAGUCCUUCUAUUUUGUCCUCCCCAUAUUCAUCAUGAUGAGUUCAAGAAUUCAGUAGCUGUGCCUAAAUUCAGAAUUGAGAUUACAAUGAAUUUGGCGGAUAUGCUUAAUCAAUCAGAAACUUAUUUUUCUGGUAUUUCCAAACAAAGCUCUGGGCUAAGAAUGAACAAAGUAGAUCAAAAAUUUACAUUAGAAAUUAACGAAUUGGGUAUUGAGGCUGCAGUUUAUAGUGAAGCUUCUUUCACCAGCAAAACAGAAUAUAGUGCUCCACCAUCAAAACAAGAUCCUAUUUUAAAUGAAUACGCGAUCGGCAUUGUGAUUUCUUAUGCUGACACUGAUAUUUUAUCUGCACAUUUUGCUGGAUAUUAAUUUUCAAACAGUUUAGAAAUUCUUUCAAAACUUUGACUCAUUCAGUUCCUUAUCAUCAUCUGUUAAAUGUUUUUAUGAAUAAAGAAAUUUACUAUAAUAAGUUUAUAUUCAGUAUGAAAGAAGAUUUCAAUUUAAAGAAUAAUUGGUGAAACACUUGGCACUAAAAAAUAAGUUAUCCUAAGCAACUUAAAGAUUCUGUGAAAAUGAAAUUUCCCGAUGAAAAAAGAUUUUGUCUAAUCAUAUAUGAUUAUAUAUGUUCAUAUAUAAUUAUAUAUAAUCAUAUAUGAAGUUAUAUAUAAUCAUGCAUGAUUAUAUAUGAAGUCAUAUAUAAUUAUAUAUGACCCCGGUUACCUGACCGUUGAUCCAAAGACGAUUGAUCCUCGACAUUUGAUCCUCGACAAUUGAUCCUUGCGACGAUUGAUCCGCCGACAAAAUAUACUCACAAACAUAUAAAUGUGAAAAAUUACGCCCUUUUUUCACUAAUUUUGUGUGCGUGUAACAUAAAAAAUAUACUCACACACAAAUUUUUCACAUUCAUAUGUGUGUGAGUAUAUUUUAUCGGCGGAUCAAUCGUCGCAAGGAUCAAUUGUCGGAGACCAAUUGUCGGGGAUCAGUUGUCUUUGGGUCAUCGGUCGUGUCACCAUGACCCCAUACAUAAUUAGAUCUGAUCGUACCUGGCUGUAAUAAGCCCAUAUAUAAGUCUACAUAUGAUUAGAUCUGAUUAUAUAUAAGUCUAUAUAUAAUUAGAUCUGAUCCACGCCAAAUCGACCACUUUUGAACCCGACCUCUUUAGAUUUGGCAGAAAUUUUUUUCUCUUUUUUUGCCCCACCAAAAACGUUUCUCAUAAUUUUUUCAAAUUUUUUAACCCAACCAAAAAAAAGUUAUGAAUUUUUGAAAAAAAUGGCUUUUUUAUUUUAAAUAGCUAUAACUUUUUCAAAAUUUAACUGAUUGGGACGUUUUUUUUUCAAAAUUUUUAUUUUUAAAUGUGCUUUUCGAAAAAAAAUACAAAAAAAUUAU